AUGGAAAAAACUCUACUGAAUUUCUUUAAAUUACAGAACAUCAAAGUCAAGGAAAUGACAUUUGGUUGUUUUGCCUCAGGAAGUAUGGAAAUUUUAAUUGAUUUGAAAAGGUUUGAGCAAGGUUCCAACCCUGAUCAUGGUAUUCAAGUCAAGACUUACGGUGAUACAAGUCAUGGUUGUGCUACCACAGGUUAUACUUAUUCUGCUGAUGAUGGUCAUGGUGUCCAAAUGUUGGGAGAUCUUGGAACACUGCCACAAGAUGGUGAAGGCAAUAUGUACACAAUGAUUAAGAAUAAGAAAGCUAAGCUGUCUGGUCCUCUGUCUAUUAUUGGUAGAGCUGUCGUGGUAUAUGAUGGUGCCUUCAAUCCAUUCAGCCAGAAUCCAAUCAACGCCCCAAUCCUUGGAUGUUGUGUCAUCGGCUACUCAGAUGGAUCCAGAUGGACAACCUCUAGAAAUUCAGCCGUCAUCAGUGGAGCAUCUCUUCCUCAAGGAACUGGUAUCAGAUCUGGAAUCCAUCAAGUAGCUCCACCCCAUCACCCAUCCGCUCCACACCCAAGCUCUGGAUUCCACCAGCCAUCAUCCUUCCAUAACCAACACCCAGCCAUGUCCUCUUAUCAUCAGCAACCUCGCCAAGAUUUCGGGAACGAUUUCGGGCUCGGCGGACAUGAUUCUAUAUUUGGCGGAAGCCCAAUUUCCCAUCAUCAACCUGUUUUCGCCUUCGGAGGAAGCUCUCACGCUCAAGCCCAUAACAGAUUUAACAACGGUGGCAGUCUAGGUCCUCAUAUUCCUGACUUUGAUAAAGCUCAAAGCACUCCUAUCUACAAACGACGAGAAGGUGACAUCCGGUCUCCAUUAUUUGGUGAAGAUCCCAAACCCUUGUUCGAUAACAGCCAUAGUUCAUUCUUCCCAAGCUUUGACCAGGAUACUUCCUUCAAGAAUGAGAAGAACGACGUGAUUCACUCCAAAGAUCAAGAUGACGAACAAGCCAAUGAUUCUGAUGGACAAUAUUCUGAUGAUAGUGGUAGACAAGGGGCUACAUAUGACGAUGGGCAAUACGGGCAUCAACACGGACGAGGUGAAUAUGACCAAGGAUCCGACAGAUCUUCAUCCGAUUCUGGAUCAUACGAUGGAUCUGAUUCAUCCAAUCAGCAAGACGAUAGAUCGCGAUCAAACGAUGACUAUAACGGAAGCCAAGGAGACUCAAAUGGUGAUUAUAGUUCAUCUAGUUCCAGCUCCAGCAGCAGUGAUGGUAAAUACUCCGGGCAGGAUAAUGGUUCUUCAAAUGAUUACCGAGAUGGUCAGGAGGAGUCUCAAGGACAGGAUCAAUACCAAGGUGAUGAACAACGAGAUUCUAACAACGAUUACCAAAAUAAGGAUACUUCCAAAGGACGAGAACAAGCUCAGUAUGAAGACGACCAAGAUCAACAGAGCUACCAGGAUUCCAAUGACCAGGAGGGUGAUCAACAAGAUUAUCAAGGACGAGAAGGUGCGUCAAAUGACGACUCUCAAGAUACUGAAGAGGGUGCUGCCAACACCGACGAAGCUUCAGAAGGUCAGGAGCAACAACCCAUUGAGAAACAAGCAUCUGCCGCUUAUCAGCCCGAAUCUCCUCAACCAGCAUCUUCAGCUGAGACACCAGAUCAAUCUGCUGAUAUCCAUUCAGCCCAGGAAGAACAUACUGGAGAAACUGUCGCACCAAUUCACAAUUUACCAGCUGGAGAUGAACAUCUCGAUCAUCUCGAUCACCUCGAUCACGAAGGACAUGACAGUCUUCCUGUUGAUGAACCUCACAGUGUAUCUCAUGCUGGUAUCAUUUCUCCAAUUGAUCAUGAAGCCCACCAAGACCAUACUGAUCAUAUUGCUGCUCCAAUCGUUCCCCUACAUAUCGACCACGGUGGGGUUAUUCACCCGGAUACACCUGUUGUGCCUAUCACCGAGGAGAGCAAUGCUCCUGUCCCCGAUGCCCAAUACGUUGCAUCUCCUGCUGCUGAUCAAUAUGUUUCAGCAGCCCCAGAUAAUGGUGUCAGCACUGCACCUCAAUAA